AUGCUAUCGAGGUUAAGAAUUCGGCAGGAUUUCAAGUAUUUUAUGAGAUGUUUAUCGGAUAAAGUGCCAGAACACGAUGCUGGAAUACCUGAGAUCAAAACUAAAAAUGCCAAAGAUCAAAAGAAAUCUUCAGAUGCCACUGAUAAAAUUCAAUCUCUUUUGAAAAGUAUGAUGGCUGAACCUAAAAUCUCGGAUAGUGAGUACCGAGAGAGAUUUACCACAGCGCCCGAGCGACGAAAGAAGCAAAAGGCAGAUGAAGAAGUUAAAAUUGAAAAAAUAGAGGAAUCCAUAACAAAAGCCGCCGAAGACGUUGCCCAGGCCCUCGGUGGUAAUGUGAAACAAACCGAGGCAGAGCUUCUUUCCAGAGUACUCGGCAAAAUCAAUCAAACAUCUACAACUCUUAGUGACCUGAUUGUUGGCAUGAAGGUAGACAGAUCUAAAGAUAGGGAAGAUCCGGCACAGUGGGAAAAUAGAGGCCAACAAGUUAAACGUCUGGUGGAAAAGUCUAAAUCAGAUAAUAUCAGAUACAAUCAGAGGAAAUCCACAAAUCAGAGAGAUUCUCAACAGACUAGACCAAACAGAAAUUUGCCACAAAUAAGUACAGUGAAUAUAUUCAGUGGGGAGCCGCUGGGUAUUUUCCAAAAAGAGGGUCCCGUCAAUCAUGGUACAAAGUUAGAAGUCUGGGAAGAACUUGACAAACGGGAGCUGCUAUUAGCAACCUCACAACCGCCCGCUAAUUAUUUCCAAAAAAUGAUUCUCUGGACCGAACAAGGGAAAGUGUGGAAAUUUCCAAUUAACAAUGAGCAAGGCAUGGAAGAAGAACAAAAUGUUCAUUUUUCUGAACACAUCUUCCUAGAUUCACAUUUGGAUGGCUGGUGUCCCACCAAAGGCCCUAUAAGGCAUUUUAUGGAACUGGUUUGUGUGGGACUUUCAAAAAAUGCUUUUUACACUGUCAAAGAGAAAAAGGAUCAUAUCAUGUGGUAUAAAGAAUACUUUGAAUCUAAAAAAGACAUUCUUCAAGAUAUCGGAGUUUGGGACACAAAACCUCAAACAAGUGAAGCUUCAACAUAG